AUGAACUCAAUCGUCGUUUCGCUUUGUAUAUUCAUUGGAAAUAAUCAAACAAUAUGCCUUCGUCCGGUUGUAGUAAGAAAACCUUUCUCAACUGACGGCACCUCGGAACACAAGCUGUCAAGUGAACAUUCACAUUACAUAAUGGAGUCGAGGAUGGAGACAAAAUGUAUUCUUCCGCCUGAAAGGAUUUCGAAAAAGAUCUGCUUCAUCAUGAAUAAUAUAACCACAAAAAAUUUGAAAAGGCAAGUGGAUGAGGUGACAUCAAUCAUGCCACAUCAUUUCUCACGUUGGCUGGCUGAGGCAAUGCUUAGGCGUGUGGCCUCGGAACCGAAAAUGCACGAUUUGUAUGCCGAAUUCACUUCGCAGCUUUCAGCACAUUAUCUCAACUUUGAGACUCACUUACUUGAAACGUUGACCAAAGAAAUUGACCGCAUCCUCAAGCUGAACGUUAUUGACCCUUGCAGCGGAAGGACACUGAAACACCUGGGUGCCUUUCUUGGUCGUUUAACCAUCGCUCGCGAUAUUCCUUUAUGUGUGGAUAUCAAGUGUUUAAUUUACACGGCUUUCAAAAACAAACCGGAGUCCUUGGAUUACAUCAUUCCUUUUAUUUCGGAAAUUUUAAAGAAUACAAAGUACAGUUAUUCAAUAAAACCCUCCAGUCCGUGGGUGAAGGAAAUUUUGCAAGUUUUUGAAAUCGAACUCUUAUUCAGCUUUCUAGGAUGCGGUAUGAACGAAAUGAACUCGGCAUUCUACUUGCGUCAUGCCCCCUGA